CACUCCUCUCGCGACCACCAACCAGCGGCUUCCCGACGGUGGCGGCGCACGUGGGCGAGGCUGAGGGCUAGGGCGCGAGGCAAUGCAGAUGGCGGUGGCGGCGAGCACCGAGGCCCUGGCGGUUGCGGCCGCGGCGACGGCGAGGGCGCCUCAGCACCACCACAUCCCAUCGCAGCCGAGGUGGGUGGUCAUCCUGUACUCGCCGCUGCACGGUAUGGUGGCCGCCGCGCCGCCACCUCCCCCACCGCAGUUCGUCAAGCACUUCGCGCCGCCGGCACCGGUCACCCCGCCGCCGCAUCCACAACCGCAGCAGCAGCAGGCGACGGGCGGCCGGGGGUGGAUCCGGCGGCGGGAACAGGGACGAGAACCGAACGAGGGCUACGACGAUUUGGGCGCCGACGAUGAGGAGCAGCAGCAGGCAGCGGCGGCCGGGGGUGGCCCCAGCGGCGAGGUCCGGUCUCUUCUCCCCAGCUUGCUCCCCCGAUCCAACGGCGAGAUCCGGCGAGGUAGCAGCAUUUAAUAUGGGCAAAUCAGUCUUUAGUAAAAUGGCCAAACUUUACCAUGCAUCUAAAUACCAACUAGCAAAACUUCAAUGCCAAAUCUUUUGCCACCAAAACAUUUGCCAAAAAAUUUGCCAUAGCAAAUUGAUCUAAACAUGCCCUUAUUAUUCUUGGUCACCACGCUUUUUUACUUAGAUAAUGAUUAAAAUGGGAUGGAAGGAGUAAUAAAGCAUGUGGGAAUGAUUGCAUAAAGAUUGUGAUUGAUUGAAAAAAGAAAAUAUGUGAAAGAGAAUGGUUGUAA